UAAGGAAGAGACAUACAAGUACGGGCAAUUCUUGCUUGCUGGAAGUAAAUGGAGAAAAGAAGCUACAGAGAAGGAAUUCUACUACAAUGCCUUAUAAUGGUGAAUUCUUGGAAGAUUAUUUCUGGUCAGCUCCAUUAUUCUAUUCCAGAGGAAGUACGCAAAGGUACUUUUGUGGGAAAUGUUGUGAAGGAUCUGGGAAUAGAUGGGAAGCAGCCUUUUAAUCAUGGACUACGCAUUAUUUCUAAUUCAGGUACAAUUCAGUACUUUGAACUUAAUUCCAACAGUGGUCAUUUACAAACCUGUGAGAGAAUAGAUAGAGAAGAGAUCUGUGGAACAGGAAAGAAAUGCAUCUUAAAAUAUCAAAUCCUUGCUGAAAGCAAGUUAAAGCUUUAUGUCACUGAAAUAGAAAUUGUGGAUAUAAAUGAUAAUGCUCCUUCCUUUCUUUCAAUAAGAUGGGAACUGAAAAUCAGUGAAACAUCUAUUCCUGGUUCUAAAUUCUUUCUACCAGAAGCUCAAGAUCCAGAUCUGGGGGGAAAUUCUAUACAACACUAUGAACUCACUGCCAGUAACCAUUUUUCUUUGGAAGUGCAAAGCAGCCAAAAUGAUGUCAAAUCUACUAAACUGGUGUUGGAAAAAUUACUGGACAGGGAAGAGCAGUCAGUGUAUGAUUUCAUCCUUACAGCUUUUGAUGGAGGUGAACCUAUCAGGUCUGGCACACUGCAAAUUCACAUCUUUGUUCUAGAUGCAAAUGAUAAUGUACCAGUUUUCAGCCAACAAGUCUAUGAAGUAAAUGUCAAGGAGAACUUGUCCAAAGGAUCAAUAGUGGCUACAGUGAUGGCUAUUGAUAUGGAUGAAGGAAUCAAUGGAGAAGUAAAAUAUUCUUUCCAAAAAAUCACAAAAAAAGGCUCUCAAAAAUUUAUGAUAAAUUCGACUUCAGGGGAAAUUAUCCUUGUGGGGAGCCUUGAUUUUGAAACAUCAUCAACAUAUGAAUUUGAAGUGCAAGCCAUGGAUGGGGGUGGGCUGAGUGAUAGGUCCAAGGUUGUGGUUUUGGUUACAGACCUAAAUGAUAAUGCACCUGAAUUAGCUAUCACCUUUGUGAUCAACUCGGUGCCUGAGAACUCUCCCGCUGGAACUGUCAUUGCCAUUUUAAAUGCCCAAGACAGAGAUUCAGGAGACAAUGGAGAAGUUAAAUGCUCAAUUCCCAGCAACCUCCCUUUUCAGCUCAAGAAAACAAUGGAGAGUUUCUACAGUUUAGAGACAGACAAAGCCCUUGACAGGGAACAAUUGCCAACUUACUCUAUCACUGUUACAGCAGUGGAUGAUGGGGCACCACCACUCUCUACAUCUGCGGUUAUUUCACUCCAGGUGUUAGACACAAAUGACAAUCCUCCACAGUUUCUGGAAUCAAAAUAUACCUCCUACCUUCUAGAAAAUAAUCCAAAAGGUGCCUCAGCCGUUUCCCUUAAAGCAAGUGAUCCAGACUGGGAAGAAAAUGCCAGAAUAACUUACUCCAUCACUGAUAGCCAAAUGCAGGACUCACCCCUCUCUUCCUACCUCUCCAUUAAUUCUGAGACGGGGACUGUCUAUGCCCUAAGCUCCUUGGACUAUGAGGAGAUUCAAGAGAUUCAGUUCCAGGUCAAGGCUCAGGAUGGCGGAUCCCCAUCACUCAGCUCUAAUGUCUCAGUGACUCUCUUCAUCUUGGACCAGAAUGACAAUGUGCCAGAGAUCCUGUACCCCUCCCCUCCCGCUGAUGGCUCCACUGGAAUAGAGCUGGCCCCUCGCUCUUCUGAGUCAGGUUACCUGGUCACUAAAGUGGUGGCAGUAGAUGCAGAUUCUGGCCAGAAUUCCUGGCUCUCCUAUCAGCUGAUCAAAGCGACAGAACCAGGGCUCUUCACCGUGGGACUCCACACAGGUGAGAUCAGGACUGCUCGGCUUUUUCUGGAGAAAGAUGCCCUGAAGCAAAUCCUGGUGGUUUUAGUGAAAGACAACGGCCAACCACCUCUCUCUGCCUCAGUCACUCUCACAGUUGUUCUGGCUGACAGCAUCCCUGAAAUUCUCUCAGAUCUGAGCAACAUCUCAACUCCUGUAGAUCCUCAGUCAGACCUCACAUUUUAUCUGGUGAUUGGUGUGGCGUUUGUCUCCUGCUUGUUUUUUACAUUCCUCCUUGUCUUAUUGGCCAUCAGGUUGUACAGGUGGAAGAAUUCAAAAUUGUUAGAGUCAGAAAGUGUACAUUUUAGUGGUGUGCCAGUGUCGCAAUUUGUUGGGAUGGAUGGAGUCCGAGCCUUUCUUCAGUCUUACUGCCACACUAUUUCACUCACCAGAGAUUCUAGAAAAAGCCACUGCAAUUUUCAUGAGGAAAACUGUUCAAAUACUCUGACCAAUCAACCUCUAACCUGUGGGGUGAGUGACCCUAUCCUAGCCUGUGGAGAUUUAAAUUUGAAGAAUGAUGAGCAAAUCUUAGUCAAGCUUACUGGAUUGCAUAAAGCACUUUUCACCGCAGGUGGGAUGGACGGCAGGAGCAAAGCUAAGAACAGAUCUGUAAAAAGGCAAGUACGUCUCCUCUUCUUAUUGUCUUUCAUCUGCCAGACUGUCUCAGAGCACCUUCGCUAUUCAAUUCCAGAGGAAAUGGGAAAGGGUUCCAUUGUGGGGAAUCUUGCCAAGGAUCUGAAACUGAGUAUUGCAGAAGUGGGAAAUCGCAACCUGCAUAUCCUUUCUUUAGGCAAAAAGCAAUACUUCUCCAUUAAUGCUGAAAAUGGGAAUCUGUAUGUAAAAGACAGGAUUGACAGAGAAGAAAUCUGUGGGGAAACUGCACUCUGCCCCAUCAGUUUUGAAGUGGUGAGUGCAAACCCCAUGGACAUAUUUUACAUAACAGUAGAGAUCCAGGAUAUUAAUGACAAUGCACCACAUUUCUUAAAUGGUGAUAUCAAGCUACAGAUAAGUGAAUCCACUUUACCAGGAGCCACAUUUCUUCUUCGACAAGCAGAAGAUCCUGAUAUUGGAAAAAAUUCUCUCCAGAAUUAUCAUCUAAGUAUUAAUAAAUAUUUCAUUUUAGCAAUUAGCAAGCAAGACUCCUUAAACAAGUAUGCAGAAUUAGUACUGGAAAAACAGUUGGAUCAUGAAAGUGAAAGUAUUGUUAGUUUAACCCUUACUGCUCUUGAUGGAGGAAACCCUGCAAAAACUGGAACAGCCAAAAUACAGAUUACAGUCAUAGAUGCUAAUGACAACCCACCCAUCUUCAGUCAAAAAAUGUACAAAAUCAGCCUCAAAGAGAAUGUGUCAAAGGGAUCUACUGUAAUACAAGUCAAAGCUACAGACAAAGAUGAUGGUUCCAAUGGCCAGAUCAACUAUUGCUUUAGCAAUAUUGCUGAUAAUGUGCAUCAAAAAUUUGAGUUAGAGCCACAUUAUGGAAUUAUAACAAUAAAGGAAGAGCUAGAUUUUGAGGAAACAGAGAAAUACACAAUGGUGAUAGAAGCAAGAGAUGGAGGUGGCUUAGUAGCUCAUUGUAACAUUGAAGUAAAUCUGGUAGAUGUGAAUGACAAUGCCCCAGAAGUGAUUCUCGCUUCCUCAUCCAGAGAAAUUCCUGAAAACUCUCCCUUGGGAACAUUGGUAGCCCUCAUCAAUAUAAAGGAUAAAGAUUCGGGGGAUAAUGGGAAGGUCAAUUGCCAUUUACAGAAUGCUUCCCCAUUCAAAAUAGUAUCAGCAGCUAAUAGCUAUUAUAAGCUGCUAACAGAUGGUUCCCUAGAUAGAGAAAGCACUCCAGCGUACAAUCUUACAAUCACAGCCACAGACGAAGGUACACCCCCUCUUUCUACACAGAAAACCAUCUCACUGGAAAUUUCAGAUAUCAAUGAUAAUGCCCCUACCUUUGAGAAAUCUUCAUACACUGUUUAUGUGGCAGAGAACAAUCCUGCUAGCUCCUCCAUCUUCAGCAUCAAAGCUGAAGACCCCGAUCUUGGUCACAACGCUAGGAUUACUUACUCCAUCAUCACUAGCAAAAUAGAGUCACUACCUCUCCCAUCUUACCUCUCCAUUAACUCAGAAAGUGGCACCCUCUAUUCUCAAAGAUCUUUUGACUAUGAGCAACUCAGGGAGUUCGAGGUACAGGUGAAGGCGGAAGAUGGAGGCUCCCCGCCCCUCAGCAGCAAUGCCACAUUGAAGUUGCUCAUCCAGGACCAAAAUGACCAAAGUCCUCAAAUUCUGUAUCCUUCUCCAGGAGCAGAGGGCUCAGCCUCCUUUGAGAUGGUGCCUCGCUCGGCAGAGAUGGGGUACCUGGUUACAAAGGUGGUGGCUGUGGAUGCCGACUCUGGGCACAAUGCCUGGCUCUCUUAUCAUCUACUGCAAGCCACUGAGCCAGGACUCUUCACAAUUGGUGCCCACACGGGUGAAAUCAGGACACUGCGGACAUUUCUGGAAAGGGAUGCUCUGAAGCAGAAGCUAGUGGUCUUAGUGAAGGAUAAUGGGCAGCCCCCGCUUUCUGCUACAGUCAGUCUCAAUCUGAUUUUUGCUGAAAACUUCCAAGAGGCCCUGCCAGAAAUAAAUAACCAAACCGUGGAUUCAGAGCAACAGUCUGAGCUCCAGUUCUAUCUAGUGCUGGCCUUAACUUUGAUCUCCUUUCUGUUCCUCUUGACUGUAACUCUAGUUAUUAUGAUGAAACUCCGACAGUCGGGGAAUCUGAAAUUUCUUCCAUGCUUUGCUCCCAUUCCCCAUUCAAGCAAUGCCAUUAUAUUCCCACCAAAUUAUGAGGAAGGGACUAUUCCUUAUUCCUAUCAGCUCUGCUUAUCAUCCGAGUCCAAGAUACAUGAAAUUACUUUUCCAACUCCCAAAGUUCAACCUGCAGAAUAUAUUUCAUGCAACCAAAAGUCUGAUGAGCUUUUGACCAGCAAAGGAAUUAAUAUCCUAAAUUCUGAAAUGGCUAAAUCUAGUUUGGACCAGGAACUGUAUAAGGGUAGCUUGGAAAUUGAAAAGAAAUGGGCUACUUCUCUGAAAACAUCAUUACUGAUUAAAUUUCACUUUAUCGCAGAAGAGAUGGAGCGAGGGCAAGGAGGGAAUGGCAGAGCAAUCCGAAGGCAAGUACUAUCGCUCUUAGUCUUGUCGGUUUCCUACCGGGCCGUCUCCGAACAGAUUCAUUAUGCCAUCCCCGAGGAGAUGUCAAAAGGUUCUAUAGUGGGGAAUCUUGCAAAGGAUCUAGGACUGAGUCUCAGAGAACUGGCAAUGCGCAAAAUGCACGCCAUCUCUGUGGACAAGGUGCAGUAUUUCACCAUCAGUGCAGGAAAUGGAAACCUCUGUGUGAAUGAGAGGAUAGAUAGGGAAGAAAUAUGUGGCCGAAUUCCACUGUGUGUUCUUAAUAUUGAAUUAGUGAUUGAAAAUCCGUUAAAUAUUUACCAUCUAAAAAUAGAGAUACAAGACAUUAAUGAUAAUUCUCCACAGUUUCUCAGUAGCAUAAUCCAGUUGGAGAUAAUUGAAAUAACACAAAUAGGCACCAGAUUCCUUCUUGGGAAUGCCAAAGAUCCAGACAUUGGCACAAACGCUUUACAGAAUUAUCAUCUUAGCACCAAUCCUUACUUUACUUUGGAUGUGAAAGAGAGUCAAGAUGGAAAUAAAUUUGCAGAUUUAGUACUCCAGAAAUCACUUGAUCGCGAGAGUGAACCAACGGUACAGCUAACACUUACUGCCCUAGAUGGCGGAAAACCCAGAAAAACUGGAACAGCCCAAAUAUGGAUCAAUGUCACCGAUGCCAAUGAUAAUCCGCCUAUAUUCACCCAAGACGUCUACACAGUCAGUCUGAGGGAAAACCUACCAGUUGGGUUCCUGGUGCUGCAACUUGUAGCUUCAGAUAAAGAUGAAGGCUCAAAUGCACAAAUCAGAUAUUAUUUCAGCAAUAUACCGCUGAGUGGCAAUAAGAAGUUCAGCCUAGAUUCAACCAGUGGAAUGAUUUCUCUUGUGGAACCAUUGGACUUUGAGGAAAGCUCAGAAUAUGUGAUGACUGUAGCAGCAAAAGAUGGAGGUGGAUCAAUGACCCAUUGUAAAGUACAAGUAAAAAUCCUUGAUGAGAAUGAUAAUGUGCCAGAAAUUAUAACUGUAUCUGUUUUUAGUCCCAUUCUGGAAGAUUCUAAAUCUGGGACAGUUACUGCUCUCAUCAAUGUACAUGACAGAGAUGCUGGUGAUAAUGGAGAGGUUACUUGCUAUUUGCAAAAUAAUUUGCCAUUCAAGAUUCUUCCAUCAUCUAAAAAUUACUAUAAGCUAAUGACAGACAGACCUCUGGACAGAGAAAAAGCAUCUCAGUAUAAUAUUACAAUCACAGCCACUGACAAAGGAACUCCUCCAUUAACCACCCACAAAACCAUCUUGUUGCAGAUCUCUGAUAUCAAUGACAAUGCUCCCGCUUUUGAAAAAACUUCCUACAGCAUCUAUGUGCCAGAGAACAAUCCUUCUGGUGCCUCCAUCUUCCAGAUUCAAGCCUUUGAUCUGGAUAUAGAUCAAAACUCACAGAUCACAUAUUCAAUCCUCACCAGCAACAUUGAAGAAUUUCCCAUCUCCUCCUAUAUCUCCAUUCACUCUGAGACCGGCAUCAUCUAUGCCCAGCGAUCCUUUGACUAUGAGCAGUUCAGGGAAUUCCAGCUGCAGGUGAAGGCCCAAGAUGGUGGGAGUCCCCCUCUUAGCAGCAACGUCACAGUCAGGGUGUUUAUCCUGGAUCGGAAUGACAACAGCCCCCAAAUCCUGUCCCCUUCAACAGAUUCCAAGGACUCUGCCCUCUUUGAGAUGGUCCCUCGUUCAGCUGAGGCAGAUUAUCUGGUAACAAAGGUGGUGGCUGUGGAUGCUGAUUCUGGACACAAUGCCUGGCUCUCCUAUCAGCUGAUUCAGGCCACAGAACCAGCCCUCUUCACUGUUGGCUCCCAUACGGGUGAGAUCAGGACAGCAAGAACCUUUUUGGAAAGAGAUGCUGUGAAACAGAGACUGGUCCUUCUGGUGAAGGAUAAUGGACAACCGACUCUCUCGGCCUCUGUCACUCUGAACCUGGUGUUUGCUGAGAACUUCCAGGAAGCCCUUCCAGAGAUGAAAAACCAGAUGAAGAGUUCAGGGGAUCAGUCGGACCUGCAGUUCUAUUUGGUGGUAGCUUUAGCUGUGAUGUCAUUUUUAUUCCUCUUGUCAGUCAUUCUGGCCGUUGCCAUCAAACUCAGGCAGUCAGGGAAUUCCAGCUUCUUACCAUGUUUUGCUCCUGUUUCCCAUUCCACAGCUGGGGUCAUAUUUCCACCCAAUUUUCAAGAUGGGACCCUGCCUUAUUCCUACCAGCUCUGCCUCUCCUCAGAAUCCAGAAAGAAUGAAUUUACCUUCCUGACACCAAACAUUCAUAUUGCAGAGAAUGUGCUUUGUGGUGAAAAAACUGAGGUGCCUCUUUCAAGCAACGGAGAAAGCAGUUUGCAUCCUGAAUUGGAAAAUAACAGGAAGCAAGCACAACCUAACACAGACUGGCGUUUUUCUCAGGCUCAGAGACCAGGAACUAGUGGAUCUCAGAAUGGAGAUGAAAAUGGAACUUGGCCAAACAAUCAAUUUGAUACUGAAAUGCUUCAGGCUAUGAUUUUAGCAUCAGCAAAUGAAGCUGCUGCCGCUGCUGCGGCUAACCCAGAUGGAAAUUCUACUCUGGGAGGAGGAGCAACAGCAGGUACCAUGGGGCUCAGCACCAGGUACGGCCCCCAGUUCACCCUUCAGCAUGUUCCUGAUUAUAGACAGAAUGUGUAUAUCCCUGGGAGCACAGCUACCCUCUCCAAUUCCGCAGGCAAACGUGAUGGAAAACCAGCAGCCUCUGGAGGGGGAAAUAAGAAGAAGUCAGGAAAGAAAGAGAAGAAGUAGGAUUCACAGGAUAACACAGCCACUUCCACGUAAAUCUAAAGGGCAGACUCUUCCAGCACUCCCCCAGUUCAUAUCCUAGGAUGGAAGAUGAAUGUGAAUUUGUGGUUAAACUUUUUUUAAAAUAUGGAACAUUGUGAAUGUACAUUGUUGUUGUCAUCUAAGUUUAUGAGUAGAUGUACUGCUGUUAUUCAUGAAGAAAAAUAUCUGAAUAAUAACAAAUACAGUGUAUACUCUUUCGAGGACAAUGUAAUAUGCAAGGGUGUCAGAUCUUUGAAACAUUUUCUUUCCUAAAGAUCUGCAUCACCAACAAAAUUUAGGAUGGGCUCUGCUCAUUGUAAAUAAUUAUUCUGAACAGAGUUUUUUUAUUUAUAUAAGUUCCUCCAUUUUUACAAUUCUCACUUUUCCAAAUUUUGAUAGAAGUUCUUGGGGGGAGGGUUAGACAUCAUUUCAGCUGGAAUCCUUGUUAUGAUAUUGAUAGGGAGUGCUUUAAUUCCUGCUUUGUUUUAAAAGAAAUGUGUAUCCUGUAUUAUUAUAAGAGAAUGAGAUUCAGCUACAUUUAUCUUUUUUACAAGUUUAACCAAUGAUGGCCAGAAAAAAAUUAAACUGAUGUUGUAAUUUCUGAGAAGCAAGGAGUGCAUUGCAAUGGGAAAAUUUUCAUGCACAGAACAUGUCAUAGAUAUAAGCAAGACAGAGAACACUGCCACUCAUGGUUGAUAUACAGUGAUCUCUAAAGAGGCAACACAUCUCAUCACAGUAUAUAUAUACUAAAUGUUUUGUAGAAAAAGUUGAAGAAAAAAGUCAUUCACUUGUGAGCAUAGUGAACUACUGCUCAUAUCUUUGCUUGACUCCUGAGGGAGAUGUCUUUGUUAACUGGAUGAGCUCUGCUGAUCUUAUAAGUAGAACAUUAAAAAUAGAAUGCUUCACAUUUUUCUGCACAUCAAACUGCAUGCAAAUCACUUCACAUUUACAGGACAGCUGACUUCACACUCAAGUUUGAAUUGGGAAAUUUAUUGCAUGACAUGAACAGCAUGUUAAUAUGCUCUCAAGUGCCCACAUCAGCACUGUCUGUGAGUUAAGGUUCACAAACAAGAUGCAUUGCCCUUCCUCAGAGAGAUUGGGAAGUUUGUGUAUUUCAUUUCUCUGUGCAGUAUAGCCAAAAACCAAUAGUUGGUUUGUUGGUCUUCACAAUUUGAUAUUAAAUAGAAAGUGGCUGAUUUGGGACAGCUAAGGGACCAGGUCCAAUUAAGGUAUACUUGAAUUAGAACUGGACAAAUUGCAAAGCCAAUCACUUGAUUCCUGAAUUUUUAUAAAUAUUAAAUAAAUGACAUUGUAUCGAUGCAAUCAAGCAAUUUGAGGCCCUUACCACUACCUCUUCUUGGAUAUGAAUAGACUUUAAAAUAUUAAAAAUACAAUUUGCGUUACUAUGUUUUGAAAUUGCUAAAUUUACUCUUUUAACUGCAUCAUUUCAUAGCCUAGUAUGGACAAGAAGUGAGGUUUCCUAACUCUGGCCCAUUCGAUAAUGUAAUGGCAUUCUGAGUCAGGUGCGAAAUUGUAAUGUUGCUUGGCAACAUUGGCUGUCUUUCUAGAUAUAUUGUAGUUUCCUGUACUAUCUCAUGAUUUUCUUUAUUGGAACAAAGGAGCCAUAAAGAAUCAGAGGAGCAUAUUUCCAACAUGGAAGGUGAACCACUAGUCCAAGAACCUUUUUUACAUUGUAAUAGCUUGCUUGAAAUAGUCAAAACAGGUCAGUCUAUGACAAGUUUCCGAAGUUGCCUCCCAAACUGAUUGGCUAUGUUGUUGUCACCGCUAAGAGCAUUUUAUGAACUAUUUGAUGCUUUCCCUGUGUCUAGAAAGUAGGACUUGUCUUCAAGACGUUUUUGUCUACAUAUGGGUUUUAUAGUGAUCCCAAACACUUCUCCAUCAACUUUUUCUUUGGUGACUGCACUAGAAACAGUUUACAUAGUGAAAUAGACAACAAACUAGUGAGAUGUUCUGUAGCAUGAGCCACAUUUAAAUAAAUGAGAGCUCAAUAGUCCUCCUGUCACACAGCUCCCAUUUAUCUCAAUGCAGUUUGUGCAGGUACACCUCUGCUGGGUUGUGCCUAAAGCUUCUUAUGUAAUCGAGUAGUUAACAUGUGACCUUUCCCAAAGUACUGUAGAUGAAUCUUAGUUAACCUUGUUUAUUUUUUCAUCUACAACUGAAAAUAGUGUAGUAGUGCGUAGUGAUGUGAGUUUUUUAUUUGUUUAAUCUCAGUAAUUGAGUAGUGAACAUCAGUAUUUUAUAUUAUUUUGGAUCUUCAUGUGUGUUUAUUGUGCUUUUAAUUGUAUGUGAAUUGAAACACACUUACUUGUCCCUCCAAUGUGUCUAAUAUUGAGUUAUACUUAUAUAUUAUAUAUAUGCUUAUAUCCUUCUUAUAUCCAUGUAACUGAUAUUGAUGUGUUAACACGCAAGUUUUAUACUCUAAUAUUUAUAUUGCUUUUUUCUUUGAGAAAAAUAAAAUCUUUUCUUCUGA